CCCCCCAGCAGCGUCUUGUUCUUUCUCUAUCCGCGUGUUAUUCAAGAUGAAGGUUCGAGGCCAGCUGAGGGAAUUCCAAGUCAUAGGGCGUAAGAUGCCCUCCAAAAAGGUCACAGUCCCACCUCUGUACAAGAUGCGCAUCUUUGCACCAGAUGAAGUGGUUGCAAGAUCAAAGUUUUGGUACUUCAUUUCUCAGUUAAAGAGAAUGAAGAAAUCACAAGGUGAAAUUGUUUCUUGUCAAGAGAUCUUUGAAAAGAAACCUCUUCAAAUUAAAAAUUUUGGUGUGUGGCUGAGGUAUGACUCCAGAAGUGGCACCCACAACAUGUACAGAGAGUACAGAGACUUGACUGUUGCUGAUGCUGUUACUGCUUGCUACCGUGAUAUGGCAGCAAGACAUCGUGCUAGGGGUUCUUCUAUUCAGAUUAUGAAAGUAGAGACUGUACCAUCAAGCAAGUGCCGUCGACCUCAUGUCAAGCAAAUGCAUGAUAACAAGAUGAAGUUCCCUCUACCUCAUCGUGUGAUCAAGUCACAGUUUAAGUCUAAAUUUGUGGCCAAGAGACCAAAUACCUUCUACUAGGCCAUUGUAAAACACCUUAUGGCAAAGCAGAAUAAAACAAAUUAGAACUCAA